GAGGCAGUUCUCCGGCGGAACGGCAGUAGGACACAACUAAGGACAAGAUGCGUUGCAGCCAAGGUGUGGCGAUGAUAUUCGAGGACGCGUUCGUCGUCUUUUCGCGUUUUUUGUCACUGAGAUCGCGAGGCUGCGCACUCUUGGAAACGCACCGGCAGCGCGAGACCACCGGCAUCAAGAAAUUGUACAACAGCUUCUUCGUCAUGUUCUAAGAGAGGGUGAUCUAAGCCCUGAGCACCACCGUCAGUCGGCGGAUGCAUCGUGUUUUUCCAAGCUAGAUCGAAGAUCUAGGCCGAGGGAGGGUGCUGACAAGGUGGACGAUCUACAACGAAGGGCAAAUCGCGGUGGAAUGAAUACUUCUCGCGGCCAGAGAAACGAUCUGAUCCCGGGACGAAGCCCGUCGAUCUGAGAUCUGAGAUCGACGUGGACUCGUUUCGCCUCUUAUGGACUCGUCGCCGAGAAACACACAUAAUCGUAAAAUUUUUUUUCGCAUAUAAAGCGUAUAAAGUAAUAAGUUUUAGUGUAAGUUAAGAAGUGACGUUCCUUCAUUUAUCGAGAGAGAAAUUUUGUUCGCUAAAGAAUUGCUUCUCGCCGACGGAGUCUCUUUAAGGGCGUUCGAAGAUACUCUUCGUAGGUCUGAGAUCUAAGAUUAAUGUAGAUAUUCGUCUCGCCCGGGAAUCUCAUCGCAAGCGAGCCCUUUAUUAGUGCCGCAGUAAUAUAGGCUAGGUAAUACUUCGAUUCGUCAAUCGGCGAAUAAUCUAACUAUAAUUACACGUGUGCUCUGAGAACAAGAGCUGUUGAAUGGAGCUGCAACUUAUGAUGGACGGUGGUGCGGAAACUCUGAACGGAGCGAUGUGGUUCGCCAACGCAUCGUCUCCGUCGUACGACCAACUGUCGCCGGUACGUCCAAACAGGUGCGAUGUCGUAGCCUCUCAACAGACUAUAAUGGGGUAUCAUAGUCCGGAAAAUUCUCUAUGGCAAGAUAAACAUAACUCGCCGAAAAAUUCACCGACUGGCAAUGAUCAGAUACAUUUGAAUGAUGGUUCGCCGCAACAACUCUCGUCUACCGGAUCAUCUCCGAAUUGUGAACAGAACAAUCUGAAACGUUGUUCCACGGAACCCUUGCAACGUAUUGUGGAACUCGAGAAGAAACAUAUCAGAAGAGAUGGAUCUAUCGGAAGCAAUAGUUCUGGUCAAGGUUGGUCUACGCAAGUGGAGGAACUCGCGGAGCAUCUCGCCGCUGAUUUCGAUGGAUCCUUAUCCGCUCUCGCAGCUUCUGAUCUCGCAACAGCCGUCGCUUAUACUAAUGUGAGCGAUGCCUUCCUCAAUUUACCAUCGCUGACAGUCUUUAAGCAGGAGGCGCCAUCGCCUGAAAAUCAACAAAAUAAUACCAAUUUAAAUCACGUAUCGCAAAGAACGAUCACUACAGCGCCGCCCAACAAUGGAAACGUCGGUUCUGUCGAAGCUGACAGCAACAACAAUGGCCAAACCAGUCUUCAUCAACUCUUAUACUCUUCCAACGAGGAGUACCCGCCAACCUCAACCACCAAUCACGUUUCUUCUUCCCAGCAGGGAAAUGAAUUGAAUGAGGAUUGCCGUUUCCAGUACGUCUUAGCAGCCGCUACCAGCAUCGCCACUAAAGUUAAUGAAGAAACGCUGACGUAUCUGAACCAAGGACAAUCGUAUGAGAUCAAACUGAAAAAAUUGGGUGAUUUGUCUGCUUAUCGCGGAAAGAUUUUGAAGGGAUAUCCGACCUUUCUGUUCCAGUCGACGAUACGGAUCUGCUUCCACGAGCGUCGACUGCAAUAUACAGAACGGGAACAGAUGCUGGCCUGGCAACGCGCUAGACCGGGGGAAAGAUUGCUAGAAGUGGAUGUUCCUCUUAGCUACGGGAUGGUGGACGUCUGUCAACCGUCGCCGUCUAACAACAGCGUAGAAUUUAUGUGGGAUCCCACGAAAGAAGUUGGCGUUUAUAUUAAAGUUAAUUGUAUAAGCACUGAAUUUACACCGAAGAAGCACGGUGGGGAAAAAGGCGUUCCCUUUCGGAUUCAAGUGGAGACCAGGUUGCCAAGGGGACCGCGUCUACAUGCCGCCUCGUGCCAGGUAAAGGUCUUUAAAUUGAAAGGAGCGGAUCGCAAACACAAGCAGGAUCGGGACAAGAUAUUGAGACGUCCUCUUCACGAACAGGACAAAUAUCAGCCCAGCUACGACUGCACCGUCCUCUCCGAUAUCCCUCUGGAGUCUUUAUCAUCCUCUAGCUUGCCGGCGCAAAACGAUGGAAGUCCAUACGCCUCCACAGAUGCAAUUUCGCCGCAAACACGUUCGACCAUCACCAAUUCCUCCCCGGUAGUGGCACCAUUGGCACUUUCAGUUUCUAAUUCCGGUAUCGUACCGUUGGUUCCCGCUUCGGAUGCCGUGAAGGAAAACGUGGGAACGGCGCCAGCCUUGCCAUCGCCUGCGGCCAUAUUGCCGGAUCAAACUUGUAUUGAAGCCGAUGUUAAUUUGACUGCACACAAAGCUACUUCUCCGCAACAAUUAAUCGAGUCUAUGAGAACAAGCACCCCGUGUUUUACCGAGUUACCACCGGAUGCCAACGCCACGCAGACAACUGCUUGGCUUCGUGCGAGUCGAUUCAAUGCGUUCGAGUCGACAUUCGCAAGCUUUUCCGCAUCUGACAUUCUGCGUCUGUCCCGGGAAGAUCUCAUCCAGAUCUGCGGAGUAGCAGAUGGUAUUCGAUUGUUCAACACGCUGCACUCCAAAGCGCCAGCUCCGAAGCUCACCCUCUAUUUCUCGUUGGAGGGCAAUGGCUCGCUCUGGAGAGUCACCUAUCUCGACAAUCUCACGAGCGUCGCGUUAACGAAUAAACUGCUCAACACUCUAAACUUAUCGCACGAUCGACUACACUCGAUAUUGUUCCUAGGACCACAGGGUAUACAUGUGAUGGUCACCGACGAGUUGGUAGCGAAUAUGAAGGAUGAGAGUAUGUAUCUCGUCGAAAUGAUCAAAGAUCCGGCCAGCGAGCGUUAUAAAUUACUGAUAAAGUCGAAAACUAUUUGAACAAUUUUUGAAAUUUUAUAAAGAUAUAAGUAAAAACUUUUUAAUAAGAUAAAUAUAUUAUUUGACAAACAUAUGCAAAAAAAUAAAUAUAACUUGU